UUCUACAGACAAUAAAAAGGAGCAGCCUAUGGACGCUCAGUUCAGUACCUAGAUUUCCAUUUUUUGCCUUUUUUUUCUUAAUAAAAAACCAAACAUGCCCUUAACAACCCCGUCUAGUCUCCUUCCACGGCAACCUCUCUUCCUCUUCUUAUUACUAAUCUCACAGCUUCUCUCUUCUUCUCACGGUGACGUCGGCACUGCUACUCAGUACAGCCCGCCAUAUUUACCCACCACCUGCUUCGGCAUCGACCCCUCGCAGUUUCCUUCAAAUAAUUUAUUCGCGGCGGCCGGCGAUGGAAUAUGGGACAAUGGCGCAUCCUGUGGGAGAGAAUACUUGGUUAGGUGUAUUAGUGCGACGGUUGCUGGUUCUUGCCGGCCGGGUCAAACAAUUCAAGUAAAGAUCGUUGAUUAUGCUCUUUCAACAACCACUCCUCCGUCGGUUAGCGGCACCACCAUUGUCUUGUCGGAAACUGCUUUUGGCAAUAUAGCGAAUUCAUCGGCUAAUUCUAUCAAUAUAGAAUUUCAACAGUAAUUUCUUAAUUUCCCUCUGAUUUUGUUUCAAUCCUCAAUUAUACAUCUUCUGCUCUGCGAUUGAUAUUGAAGAAAUUAUACGUAUGCAGGGUAUGAAUACGAUACAGAGAGAUCGAAGAAACUGAAUAUGGAAUGAAAAGAGAGUUCCUUUGUGGAUCUGUGUGUGAAGUGUUUUGACAAAUUUUGUUUCUAUAGAUCGCCGGAGAAGAAAUUUGUAAAAAUUUGUCAUUGUAAAUUCCGAUCGUGCGUGUGGUAAAUGCAUGAUAAUUAAUUAAUAAAAAAUAAUAAAAUUUGAGAUCCAAAAAAAUAAUUAGAGUAUGAUUAGCUAAAGGGAAGAUUUGUGGAGAUUUCGUUGUUUGGAAGCUUCUGAAAUCGUGUGAUUCAAAUUGCAGUUGGUGUAUUAGCUACGCGGAUGACUUUGCUUUUGGUCUUUUACGUGCUAUUAUUAUUGGUAGGAUGUAGUUUUCUUUGAGGAUUAGUAUCACUUUCUAGAUUUUUAGAAAAUUGAAUUAA